AUGGCCGUGGCUUUUAAUAAUCAACUUAUUACACGAAGUCUACUCUGCAUCUAUUAUGAUGUUCUUGAGAGCAACCUCUCUUGCUGGAUAUCCGAAGUCACCUGUCCAUACUCCAUACCACACUCAUCCCAAGAGAGUGUUGCGCAAGGAUUGAAAGGUGACGUCGCCUCAUCCUCAAGUUGUACCUUUGGUCCAACAAAUCCGUUCUACCAGCAUAUCUUCCAGUUAGAUCGUGCCACGCAAAGAAUCAGGAAACCAUUAUCUCGCAAAGAAGAUAUGGCGGUCUCUCGGACUCUUCAUCUUUGCAUCCUGGCCUUUGCUGCUCAAUGGACUCAGAACCAUGUCAAGAAGCGGACAGCAUCGCCCACCAGUGUCGAGCACCUGCGCCAUUCAAAUACAACAGCUGUAAUGCCAGUGGACUAUAGUCUACAACUACUGCUUUGGGAGCAAGCAAGAGCCGCCCUUCAAGAAACCAUGGAAAUUGAAUGUUUCAGGAUUGCUUAUGCUGGAUUCAUCCUUGGUGUCACUGAAAGACCAGAAUCAAGCGACGAUCAGAGUCUCAAGAGAUAUAGUGAUAGCCUCGGUCUCUCACCAGACAAAGAAUCUGCCAUCCCCUUGAUAGGCCAGAUCAUGUCAAAUGACCGUCCUUCUGCACAUCUGGAUCAGGCAACAAGGGCAAUACUUGCCUUGAAAUACCGUUUCGAGAUGGAGGGGCUCCGGUCACACGGCGGGUCUAAAGACACUUCGACUUUACAAAGCCAACGAACUGUUGGUUUUCUAUACUGGCUCCUUGUAAUGUUUGAUACUGUUGUCUCGCCACUGAAUAAACGGCCUGUUGUUAUAGCCGAUGAGCACUGCAUGGCAGGUUUCAUACAAAACAGGGAGAAUGUACCUUGCCAAUGGAGACUCCAUAUGUUUCUGAAGGACGACUCCGAAAUGCCACAAUCUCUCGGCUGGCCUUGCUCAGAAGAAGUUGCCUCGAGAGCGAUGAUCAAAGCAGCUCCCAUCAAGGUUUUACUUUAUCGCCAACUAUCCUACAUCCAGAACGCUCUGCGGAAGAGGUCGAGCACUCAUGAUAUCAUCAAUGCUGCAAAAGGAGCAAUUACUGUUUGUCGAUACUGGGACAUGACGUACGCCUCAUUUUUCCAAGGCUUGUUACGAGGCUAUGAUAGAGUUUCCUCAAAGCUUAGAAGCUGGGUUGUGUGCAUUUUCACAGCCUGGAACCUCGGUACACUGGUUCUCGCGGACUUGUUAGAGCUAGUGCAUGAGAAGGCAACUACUGGCGACACAAACAGCUAUAUGGAUAUCAGACUGAGCAGUGCAAUUAAUCUUGCUGAACUCGCCGGUGCUGUCGUUCCACAUAAGACUAGCCAUAUCAAACAACUUCCAAAAUGUCAUGCCGCAGUUCAAGAGAGUCCACUCUUGACAGAUCCUUGCACGUCAAUUCUGGUGGAAGCGUUUACGAGAGCCUCUCUCUAUCACCUGUCAACUAUUUGUGAGCUUAAAAAGCAUGAGUGGUUCGAUAUUGAAAUGGAAAGUUUUUGGCAGAGUUUGCAGUGGUUUGAAAGUUGUAUCAGGGCGUUGACGUGUCUUUCAAAGAGAUCGAAACUUGCACAAUCUAUUGCAGAAAUUUUGUUACCAACACUUCGGGAUCUACAGAGUCCAUAG